AAGCUGCAAAAAUAUACAGUAUUGAAAUUGUCUAGCUCAGGGAUUUUCAACCAGCUGCUCUGCGGUACACCAGUGUGCCAUGGAAAACUGUCCGAUUUCUCUUAAUCAAGAGUAUGUGACUACUGCAUCACUUUGAACUGCCUCCACAAAACAGGAAAGACUUCACACCAGACUCAGUGGCUCUCUCUCUCUAACUAAGGUUUUUGCUGCUCUAACUCGGCACCAUGGAGAUACAACCUGACAGGCAGCUAGUGUUGGCUGUCUAUAUCGUCACCUUUGUCUUUGGGCUCCCGGCCAACAUCCUGGCACUCUUCACCUUCAUCAAGAAGGUGCGUCAAAAUCCAACGCCCGUGGACGUCCUGCUGCUGAACCUCACCGUGUCCGACCUGCUCUUCCUGGUGUUCCUGCCCUUCCGGAUGAAGGAGGCUGUGGACAACAUGAAAUGGAACAUGCCCUACUUCCUCUGCCCGUUAUCAGGGUACAUCUUCUACACCACCAUCUACAACAGCACCUUCUUUCUCACCGCCAUCUCCGUGGAGCGCUACCUCGGCGUCGCGUUCCCCAUCAAGUACAAGCUCAAGCGGAGGCCCGUCUACGCCCUGAUCUUCGGAUUCGUGGCCUGGACGAUCUCGAUGGCGCACUGCAGCAUCGUCUACAUCAUGCAGUACUACGACCACGACAACCAGACGGCCAUCGAUCCGUCGGAGCGCAACACGUGCUACGAGGAGUUCACGCCGGCCCAGCUGAGGAUCCUGCUGCCUGUCCGGCUGGAGCUGUGCAUCGUGCUCUUCUGCGUCCCCUUGCUCGUCUGCGCCUUCUGCUACAUCAACUUCAUCCGCAUCCUGUCGCGGCUGCCCAACAUCUCGGUGCACAAGCGCUACCGGGCCAUUGGCCUGGCCGCUGGCACCAUGCUGGUGUUCCUGGUCUGCUUCGGGCCCUACAACAUCUCCCACGUGGUGGGCUACGUCAACUGGAAGAGCCCGCCGUGGCGCAAGAUAGCCGUGCUCACCAGCACCUUAAACACCUGCUUGGACCCCUUCAUCUACUACUUCUCCUCGUCGGCACUGCGCAGCACGUUCAGGCAUGUCAUGAGGAGCAUGGUGGACAGGCUGCACGUCCACUGCUGCUGCAGGGCAGUCUACUGUCCCUUGUUGAACUGCAUAGAUGCAGAAGAGCGCACACAAAGCUCCAACGAUAGCUCACGCUAGGACCAGGUUUUCCCUCAAUUUAUGGAGAUAGUGAUCCCCUUUGAAGGUUAUACCAUGGACAUUUUGCAUACACUGCUAAGAUGUCUAAGCGUUUGUUGACUUGUACUUGUGUAUAAUGUAUAAUUUAUUCAUCCUGUUAGUUCAGUGAUUGUGCUGGCACAAUCAUCCUGUUCUUGUUCUUACUCUUCCUCUUGUUUGUUUAUUCCAGUAUUCUGUUACCGGAUGUAGAAGUCUUUGCAACAUGUGUUACGAUCGCAGCUUUCCUUCCCCCUACAGAGACAAACACGGCCUGAAAAGAGUGAUCAUACCAUAUAUGGUGAUGAUGAUCCCAUACUCCGGUACGGGAGUUGAGUUUGUUGUAAUUUUGUAUGAUGAAUUUAUAAACAUAUAAUCAUUUUUACCUAAAUGUAUUAUGGCAUGUUGUCUUAUAUUUGAUUGUGACACUUCUGUUAGGAUACAGUAUCUUUAUUUGUAUAAUUCACAUUAACAGA